AUGGGAGAGUUUGAGUUUAGCUUUGUUUCUUUCUUGGUUCUUGCAUUUUUUCUUUCGUUUAACAUUGUUCUCUUAGUUCAUGGCAAGCCAUUACCUAUAGUCACUGACUAUGGAGAAAGCAGUAGCCAAAUCCAAACCUACAUUGUUCACGUAUUGAAGCCAGAGGGCUCAAAUUUCUUAGGCACCGAGGAUUUAGAGAAUUGGCACAAGUCCUUUUUGCCUAACACUACUCUAGACACAGGUGAGCCACGGUUGCUUUACUCAUAUAAAGAAGCAAUUAGCGGGUUUGCAGCAAGAUUGACACCUGAAGAGGUGAGAGCCAUGGAGAAGAUGGAUGGAUUUCUGAGGGCAAAUCCAAGCCAACGGCUUGAACUCCAAACUACGUACACUCAUAAAUUACUAAACUUGAGUACGAUAUUUGGAGCUUGGUCCACAACCAACUCCUUUUUCGGUGAGGGGAUCAUCAUAGGAGUGUUGGAUUCAGGGAUUCACUUCCCCCAUCCUUCUUUUGCAGACGAAGGAAUGCCACCACGUCCAAAAGGAUGGAACGCAAGUUGUUACUUCCAAAGGCCAUCUUGUAAUGAUAAAGUCAUCGGGGCACAAUCUUUCAAAGGAGGUAAUAAGCCCAUUCCACCAACUGACAUAGAUCAAGGUCAUGGAACACAUGUGGCUGGCAUUGCAGCAGGCAAUUUUGUGGAUAAUGCGGAGGUCCUCGGCCAAGCUCUGGGAAAAGCUGCAGGGAUGGCGCCAAAAGCAUUUAUAUCAGUGUAUAAGAUUUGCUGGAAAGGCAAAGGGUGUGGAGUAAGUGAUAUCAUAGCAGGUAUAGACAAAGCAAUUCAAGAUGGGGUGCAUAUCCUUCAAAUGUCCUUCGGGGGGAACUGGCCCAAUUCCUUUGAAGAGGAUGAAGUCGCUAUUGCCACAUACUCAGCAAUGCAGAAGGGGAUCUUCCCCUGCACAUGUGCUAGUAACGAGGGCCCAGACCCAGAGACAUUGGGUCACUAUGCUCCGUGGGAUAUGGUUGUUGGAGCAACCACUACAGAUCGAAGAAUAAGAGCAACUGUGACACUCGGCAAUGGGAUGCAAUUCCACGGAGAAACUGCCUAUCAACCCAACAACACAAUUACUAACAAAUUUCUUCCCCUUGUUUACCCAGGUAGCAAUGGACAAAAUGAACAAAAUAAUUGUCUGAAUAAUUCCUUAAAUGGAAUCAAUGUUAGGGGAAAGAUUGUGAUGUGCUACAUUGGAGGCAAAGCAGAAAGCGAUGAACAAGUUGAUAUUGUCAGGAAUGCUGGAGGUGCUGGCGUGAUCUUUGCGAACCCUAAUAGGAUUGGAUUCACAACAUAUUCAGCACCUCACCAUCUUCCAGCAUCACAUGUGAGCCACAAAGAUGCCAUUAAAAUUCAACUUUAUUUUGCUACAAAUGACACACCAACAGCAAAGAUCACCUUUGGAGGCACUGUAUUCGGUGCUCGUCCAUCUCCGGCGUUAGCCUAUUUCUCAUCUAGAGGCCCGCCAAUGAAUAAUGGAAACAUUGUGAAGCCAGAUGUCACGGCACCUGGAGUCAAUAUUCUAUCUGCAUGGCCAGUGGAAGUUGGGCCCUUCCCGUCCGGUCUAAAAACAAAAACAUUCAACUUCUUGAGUGGCACAUCUAUGGCUACACCUCACGUUUCUGGAAUUGUGGCUCUUAUUAUGAGCAAGUUAAAAUAUGAAAAUAAGCGGAAAUGGUCAACUACAGAGAUUCAAUCAGCCCUCAUCACCACAGCCAACAUAUUCGACUUAGAUGGAGAACCAAUCUUCGAUGAGGCAUCUUUGAAAAGCAGUGCCAACAUUGUCCAACGCGGAGCUGGGCAAGUCAAUGCAAUUAAAGCCAUGGAUCCUGGUCUCGUCUACAACAUUGAACAAGAUGAUUAUGUUGCCUAUCUUUGUGGAAUUUAUUCUAACAACAGCCAAAAGGUGCAAAUCUUCACGAAAGACAACACCCAGUGUACUAGAUCAAUCUCUGGUGAGCAACUCAAUUAUCCCUCAAUAGGUGUGCCAAUGGGAUCAAGCUCGUCGAGGAUCACUGUCAGAAGAACAGUGACAAAUGUAGGUGAUGCUAAGGAACUCUAUAAUGCCAAGAUCAAAGAACCACAAAAUGUGAAAAUUGACCUCUCCCAAUAUAGCCUUAGUUUCACCCGUUUUGAACAACAAAUUACCUACGAUAUGACAUUCACCUUAAAUGGUGCUCAUCCAGGCUCCGGAGUCAUUGGACAAGGAGAAUUAUCAUGGGUGUCCGACAAGCACACUGUGACAAGUCCCAUCUACAUCGCAUUCUAA